AUGUCAUAUACAAAAGAACAAGAAGCAAUUGUACUCAAAGUUCUUUCGUAUAAAAGUCAUCAGUUUUAUGAAAUAUUAUCAGUUAAAAAAACUUCUGAAGAAGGUGAAAUAAAAAGAUCUUAUAGAAAACUAGCAAUAAAGUGUCAUCCUGAUAAAAAUCCACAUCCUAGGUCUUCUGAGGCUUUCAAAGUAGUUAAUAAAGCAUGGGAAGUCUUGAGUGAUCCUCAGAAGAAAACUAUAUUUGAUCAAACCGGUUCUGAUCCGACCUCGAGGUUUUCUGGAGUUUCUAAUUCUAGUUCUAGUCCAUUUGCAUCUGGUAGAUCUGGAUUUGCAAGUGCUGGUAGAGGCGGGCAUAAUGCUUUUGAAGAAGAUAUAUUUAACAUGUUCUUUGGUGGAGGAGGACAAGGACCUACUUUUACAUUUGGAGGAAAUGGAUUUACUUUUCAAUCUUUUGGGGGAGGACAGGAUCCUUUCAUGAGGCAUAGACGUACAGCAAGAAGAACGGCUCCAAGACCAACUCAACAAUCAGGAGAUUCACCACAACCACCACAAUCACUUUGGGAAGGAUUAAAAGGUUUAUUCCCAAUUCUCAUUAUCCUCAUUGUUCCUAUAUUAUCAGCUUUAUUUUCAGACGACUCAACCCCAGACUAUUCAUUCACACCUAGUAGAGAGUACAACAUAGAAAGAAGAACGCCACGUCAUGAUAUACCAUUUUUUGUGAAUGAUCAGUUUACUAAAAAAUAUGAAAACAAAUCAAGAAAGCAAUUAAGAAAUUAUGAUGUAAAAGUAGAGAACUUAUUUAUACAAGAUAAAAGGGCGAAAUGCUCAAGAGAACAAAUACGAAAAGAUCAAUUAAUAGAAGAUGCAAUUGGUUGGUUUUCUACAGAUACGGAAAAACUAAAACAAGCUGAAAACAUGCCUAUGCCCAAUUGUGACGUUUUGAGGGCUUUGAAUCUUAUAUAA